GCUUACAAGACACCCAAAAUUGAAGAAAUCGCAAUGAAGCGAAUAAGGGAUCAAGAGAUGCACUCAAUAGCCUGCAAUCAAGAUAUGAGGAUGUGCUCGCUGAGAAAGAAGUGCUACAAGUGAAGUGUGAUAAACAGCUGUCAACCAUCGCCUCAACCAAAACCACGUUGGACGAGGUGCGAAGGCGGGCCGAGUGGCAGCAGAACAAGUGUGACGCCAUCAACUUGGACAAGAUUGCGUUCUCGAAAAGGAAGUGCACACUUGCAAAACUCCAUCAGAAGCAAAGAAAGAGAGGUAGCUACUCAUCAACAGCAAAUAAGUAACUUACAGAGGAUUGUCGCUGAUAAAGAAGUAGAACUAUGCAAUUAUGUUGACAGUCAAAACAAUCAAGUCGAGUUUCUUCAGCAGAAACUGAAGGUCAUGGAAAUCGAGAAAGAAAAGAUGAUUGUAAUGCUGAAUAAAAUGAGGGAAGGCCAUAAUAUCAGCUUACCAGCUUUGAUGGAAGAACUUUUGGCAGAGAAGAAUGCUGACAUUGAUUACCUUGAACAAAUGGUGAAAGAAUUACGUGAUGGCCAUGUGAAUACCUCUUUUGUGGAGAGUCAAAAUAGCUCUAAAAAGUCGAGUAAUUCCAAUUCGAAAGGCUACAGAGUUAGCUUUGCAGAUGAUGUUGAAGUGUCUCACAUGAACGACGGUGAACGUACCAGAGAUGCCAAUUUCUCCAACGUUAUGCAUGACUUUUCUCCCCACUUCAGUAGUACG